AUGCAAUUACUUAUCUUACAAACAUUUCUAUCCCUUGUUGUGAUGACCUUCGGUCAACGAUCACGAAAUCAGAAAGCAGUAAUUGCAGAUCUGGGUAAACUAAUUGUUGACAAUUGCCCACCAAUGUUAUGUACCGGUUUGGAUUGCGCCGUUGUUACCGAAAGAAAUGGUUGUCAGUUAUGUGCCUGUCCUAUUGGUUCACCAGCCCGAGGAUGCGAUCCAAUGCCAUUUAUUCUAUGGCAUGAUCUAAUUGUUAACGGAUGUCCAAACGUUACUGUUAACAGUCGUGAUCCUGCACAGAAAGUUCAUCGAUGGUUUCGAAGGGUCAACCGAUUCUCAAAUACGGACCAGUGUGAGCCAUACAUAUUCCCAUAUUGUGCUGAACUGGAUUUCAAUUUAUGGCGUUCACCGAGGACUAAACGAGAAUGCGAACUUUACUGUUAUUCAUUAGCGGAACAACGAAAACGUGGAGUCAUUUAA